AACUGCAAUUAUGCUAGCAAGGCUGUAGGAGUGUUGAACAGUUCUUUCCCAGUUCUUUUGAUUUUUGUUGCCUCUCCAUGCAUUCCUGUCCUGUUUAAAGCUGUGGUUUUUUACAUUUUAUUUCUGGUGUGCACGGUUCUGAGGAUAUUAGACAAAUGAGCUGAAGGUUCACUCUGAGGCAUGGCUAUUUUUGUUAGAAGCUGAUACUUUAGACUGAGCUUGAAGCGUUGCCUCUGGAAGGCCUUGGGUUGUUCUGGGAGGCCAGGUCUGCAGAGGAAACAGACAUUUCAGGGAGCAUAAAAGAAGAAGGAACACAAUUAGAAAAAGCAGAGGACCUCCCUCCUUCUCAUUCUGCAAGUCCUGUGAGAGUAAGCAACCCAGAAGUACUAUCUAAGCUGCCACAGUGUAUCUUGACCUUUUAAACAGAGUAUCUCUUACCAUCAUCAUGGCCGAGAUAACAGCAGAAGGACACAUGUCUACAACCACGACGAUAAUCGAUGGUAAGAACGGCUCCGUUCCGUCAUCAUCCAUGAAAGUGGGCAAGAAGUCAGUGACAGAAGACCUCGUGACAACGUUCAGCUCUCCAGCAGCAUGGCUUCUUGUGGUUGCUCUGAUUGUUACCUGGUCAGCAGUAGCUAUUGUAAUGUUUGACUUGGUGGAUUACAAAGAUUUAGCAGGUAUAGCCACCUAUGCACAACAUUGUGAUGAUCCCUGUUUCCCACCUGGAAGAUCUGUUCACAAGCUCAGCACAGAACCACUGAGAAUCAUUCAUGAGACACUGGAAGAGUCUUCUGAUUGGAUUUAUGGCUUUUUUUCUUUACUGUCUGACAUCGUAUGGAGUGAUGAUGAUGACAGUGAUGAAGGUGAAACAGAACCUUCCCUGAAAAAAGAAAUUCAAAAACAGAAAACGGAGAGACCUGAAAAACGAACACCAGCAAAGGCACACAGAGACAAACCUGAAAAACAAGAAAAAAUUGAGAGGAAGGAACCCCCAAAGGUGACAAGUAAAGACAAACUGGAAAGACAAGAAAAACCUGAAAAAAAGGAAAGGCAUGCAGCUGUUCACAAAGAGAAACCUGAAAAGCCAGAAAAACAAGAAAAGAAAGCACCAUCUAAAGUAACUCAAAAAGAUGCACCUGAAAGACAUGAAAAAGCUGAAAAGAAACCUCCUCCAAAAGAGGAGAAGAAAGUAAAGAGCACUAAAGUGGAAGCAAAAGUUAAAAAGGAAGUGAAGGAUGGAAAAGGAGAAGCAAAGACAACGACAGAGAAGGUCAAGCAGGCAGAGACAAAAACAACAGAAACUGGGCUAAUAAAGGCCAAAACGAAAGUUAAGGAGGAGAAAGCUCUUCAGACUGUAACUAAAUCGGACAAGAAAGAUCAAUAUGCGUUCUGUCGCUAUGUGAUUGACAUGUUUGCACAAGGGGAUUUUUAUCCAGGUGCAGCACAUAAGGAAUUUGCACCACCUCGUCUUCUUCUAGAACACAGUCCAAGAAAGAAACCAGCAGCUAUUGAAGAAGAAAAGUCUGUAGUGGUACCUAGAGAAGUGAAAAAGAGAAAAGAGGAGAAGAAAAAGAGUGAUGAAAAGAAGGCUACAACUGAAACUAAGGUGAAAGAAAAAACAGGAAAAAAGGAGAAAGCUCAUGAGAAGACAGCUGUCCCUGAAAUUAAAAAAGCAGAUAAAAAAGAAGCUGCUGUAUCCAAAGAACUCAAAAAGCCAGCAAAAGCUCCUGCAGCCAACCCAGCCAUCAAAAAAGCAGCAGCACCAGGCAAAACAACAAAGAAAGAAGUAAAAGUACAUGCAGGUGUGGAAACUCCAAAGUCAAAAGCAGGACUUGAAAAAAAAGAAGCAAAAACAACAAAGGCAGCAGUGCAAGAUAAACCAAAGACGAAACAAGGAAAUCCUGGAAAAGAUAAAGAAUUGAAAUCUCCAGCUGCCACAAAAGAUAAAGAACAUGCUAAAGAAAAGGAAGGGAAGAAUCCUACAACUUUAAAAGAAAAAGUAAUUACAGGUCCUUCUAACGUGACAAAGGAGGCUAGACUUUCUCCGCCCAACCUUCAGAAAAGAGCAGAUUCCCUGAAAGGAAAAAAUCCCAAGAACACAGAGAACUUAAGAGAAAAGGACACUGGAAAAAGAAAAGAUGUGAAGCCUCCAACAGCCUUAAAGGAAAAAGAUUCUUCAAAGCGAAAAGAAAUUAAGGCUUCAACUAAUCCUAAGGAAAAAGCUGCAGUGAAAAAGGAGGGGGAGAAGAAAGGGAGAAUUAACUCAUAUCAAGUGGGGAAAUCAAAUUUUACCUUUGUCUUGAUGCAUCAACUGGAAGCUACCUCAGAGAACCCGCAUGAGCACAAGCAUGAACGUGUUAAACGUGAAAAAGCUGUCUCUCAGUCUAAGCCAGAGGAGAAAAUGAAACAACAAAAGACAACUCCCACUGAGAAGUCAGCCCAGACAAAGCCAACAAAGCAUGAAACAGUCAAACAUGAAAAAGAUGUUCCCCUUACAAAACCAAUCAAACCGAAAAAUACUGCAAAGCCAACAGCUGAAAUCCCAACAUCAGCCACAAAAAAAACAAAGACAAUUAAGGAAAAAGAAGAAAAAACAUCUGUGAAGAAACAGCCGAAAGAUGAAAAAACUAAAGUAAAAGAAGAUCCACGACAUCAAAACCUGACAUCAGGAAAAGACCGAGUUCAAAACCGUUUAAGGAACCUGAAGGUGCACAAGUUCAUGGGACCUCACAGGAUACAACCAUGGGCACUGAAAGAACUGGCUGAGGAAGUGGCUAUGCCACUAUCCAACAUAUUUGAUAAGACAUGGCAAUUUGGUGGAGCUCCCACUGACUGGAAAAGGGGAAACAUAAUACCCAUUUUUAAAAAGGGAUAUAAGGAAGAACCAGGGAACGACAGGUCAGUCAGUCUCACCCCAGGGUCUGGCAAGAUCAUGGAGCAACUCCUCCUGGAAACUCUGCUAAGGCACAAUUUAAAUAAUGAGAUGAUUGGUAACGGCCAACAUGGCAUCACUAAAGUCAAAUCAUGCCUGACAAACUUCCUGGCCUUCUACCACAGGGUUACGGCAGUGGUGGAUGAGGGAAGGGCAACAGGCAUCAUCUCCUUGGACUUGAACCAAGGCACCGUCCCACGUGACAUCUAUGUCUCUAGAAUGGAGAGACGUGGAUCUGAUGAGUGGGCCACUGGGUGGAUAAAGAAUUGGCUGGAUGAUCAUGCUCAAAGUGUUGAAGUCAGUGGUGCAAUGUCCAAAUGGAAAGCAGUGCCAAGUGGUGUUCCCCAGGGGUCAGUGUUGGGGUUGGUGCUUUUUAACAUCUUUAUUGGUGACAUGGACAGUGGGUUUCAGUGCACCCUCAGUGAGUUCACUGAUGACACCCAGAUGUGUGAUGUGGUCAACACACUGGAGGGAAGCAAUAACACCCAGAGGGAUCUUGUCAGGUUUGAGAGGUGGGCCCAGGUCAUCCUAAUGAAGUUCAACAAUGCCAAGUGUGAGGUCCUGCACCUGGUUUGGGACAGUCCCAAAAACAACUUUAGGCUGGGCAGAGAAUGGAAAGAGACUAGCGCUGGGGAGAAGGACUUAGGAUUGCUGGUAUAUGAAAGACUUGACAUGACGCAGCAGUGUGUGCUAGAAGUGAAAAAAGCUGUCUGUAUCCUGGGCUGCAUCAAAAGCAGCGUGGCCAGCACAUCGAAGGAGCUGAUUCUCUCCCUGUACUCUGCUCUGGUGAGACCCCAGCUGGAGUACUGUGUUCAGGACUGGGAACCCGAGCACAAGAAAGAUGUAGACAUGUUGGAGCAAGUCCAGAAAGGAGUCAUUAAGUUGAGCACAGGGCUGGAGCACAUCUCCUAUGAAGAUAGGCUGAGAGAGAUGAGGCAGUUCAGCCUGGAGAAGAGAAGGCUUCGGGGAUACCUAAUAACAGUCUUCCAGUACCUACAGGGAGCCUGCAAGAGAGCUAAAGAAGGACAUUUCACAACAGCAUGUAGUGACAGAGAGAAUGGCUUUAAGCUGAAGGAGGUUGGGUUUAGUUUGGAUAUUAGAGAGAAAGUUUUUACUGUGAGGGUGGUGAGGCUCUGGAACAGGUUGCCCAGAGAGGUUGUGGACUCUCCAUCCCUGGAGGUGUUCAAGGCCAGGUUGGGCAGGACUUUAAGAUACCUGGUCUAGUGGAAGGUAUCCCUGCCCAUGGAAGGAGUGUUGAAACUAGAUUAGCUUUAAGGUCUCUUCCAACCCUAACCAUUCUAUCAUUCUGGAAUUCUAAAGGAUACUCUGCCAACAGGCAAACUUCUCAGAUUUGAUUUUACCUGAAAUGUUCUAUUAAUUUUCUUUCAGAAUACCGAAUGGUAAUAAGCAUGCCCAUGUCUUAAGCCUUUGGGGUUUGUCUCAAUCACCAAUAAAAUUGCAUUAGAUAGUAUGGCUGAAACUGCAAAUUCCUGAAUUUGGGUAGUAGCAGAGGUAAUAAGAAGUUUCUUCCUGUUAAGUGUGAUAUUUGCUUUCAUAAUUUUAAUUUUUUUCAUUUUUUGUGCUAAAUUUUGCUCAGGAAAUAAUUUGUUCUUCUAUUAAUCCCAUGUUAAAAUCCACCUAGAAGAAAAAGCAAUUUUUUUUUUAAACUGAAUCACCAAACUAAAAAAUGUUAGUUAGGUAAAGAGUAACAGAAACAUUUAAUUCCUCUGCUUUUUUAAUUCUAAAGAGAGGUAUUACAAAAUGGAGGUCUUCUUGGUUUUGAAUCUGCCAAAGAAAUGGGAAAAUAAAGCUGCUACCAUUACACGCCAGGCAUACUUUCCAGCUGAAUGACAAAGAUAUAAAUGCACAUUUAUCUUGCAACACAACUCCUGUGGAGUUUCUUUUCCUUUGGAAAAGAAAUAAUGAAAAGGAGAAGUCUAGAGUAUCACAUUGUUAAAUUAGGGCUUAGAAGAAGUAUUUCAGUGAAGAAAAGGCAACAUGAAGACCAUUGGAUGAGAACCUUCCCUGCGCCUCUCUAAUCUGCAUCUUCCUUCCAAAGUCAUGCAGCCAGCCUUCCCCAAAACAGCUGAGUCACCUUUGCUUUGAUGUGAGUGUGUAUAAGUCUGCCUUGACAAAAUCUAAAUAAAUCACUACUGCUUGAUGGCUUU